AGGAGUUGGUGGGGUGACAAAAAAAGAGAAAACCUCUUUCUCUGGUUUCUAACUGCAGCCUGUGCCUUGCCGAGGGGCUUCAGCACUGCACUUCUGUGAAGGGGGGUGCAGCGGUGUAUAUGAGUGAGGGAGUGUGUGUGUGAGACGGAUCCCCAGGAGCCAUGUCGGACCCAAGGGACAUCGAUGAGGACGCCCUCCUCAAGGGCCUCAGUGCCGCGGAGCUGGAUCAGCUGGAGUGUGACCUGCAGGAGAUGGACCCCGAGAAUGCCAUGCUGCCAGCUGGCUACCGGCAGCGUGACCAGACGAAGAAGAACCCGACGGGGACGUAUGACCGUGACGCCCUGAUGCAGCACCUGGAGAAGCAGGCGCUGGAGCACGAGGGCAGAGACGACCUGGUGCCCUUCACCGGGGAGAAGAAAGGAAAAACCUUCGUGCCCAAGAAACCCGACGAGAUCCCCGAGCACGAGCAGGUGAUCCUGGAGCCGGAGCUGGAGGAGGCUCUGAAAAACGCCUCGGACGCUGAGAUGUGCGAUAUUGCAGCCAUCCUGGGAAUGUACACGCUGAUGAGCAACAAGCAGUACUACGACGCUCUGGGCACCACGGGCACCAUCGCCAACACGGAGGGCAUCAACAGUGUAGUGAAGCAGGAUCCAUUCAAGAUCUUCCCCGAUGAGCCGCCCAACCCCACCAACGUGGAGGAGACGCUGGAGAGAAUCCACGGCAACGACAGCACCCUGACAGACGUCAACCUCAACAACAUCAAGGACAUUCCCAUCCCAACGCUGAAGGAGGUCUUUGAGGCCAUGAAGGGAAACUAUCAAGUGGAGUCUCUGAGCAUCGCCGCGACCCGCAGCAACGACCCUGUGGCCUACGCCUGUGCUGAGAUGCUGCAGGAGAACACCAGCUUGCAGAGUCUUAACGUCGAAUCCAACUUCAUCACCGCUGACGGCAUGAUGGCGAUCAUCAAGGCGAUGGCCAACAACGCCACGCUGGUGGAGCUCAAGAUCGACAACCAGAGGCAGAAGUUGGGAGAUUCAGUGGAGAUGGAGAUCGCCUCCAUGUUGGAGAACAACUCCAGCAUCCUCAAGUUCGGCUACCACUUCACUCAGCAGGGCCCCCGCGCCAGAGCCGGCAUGGCCAUCACACGGAACAACGACAUGAUUCGCCAGCAGAGAUUAAGAUGAAAGUGACGAGCAGCCAACAGGAGGAGCCACCGCCUCAGAACCUGCGAACACGGCCAGCGACAGCCUCGUGCCAGCUUCCUCCGUGAUGCACCAGGACGAAUCCCCCCAAAUGGUCAGCGUGGUCAGCGUGGUCAGCGUGCAUCCACUAACGCAACAUCCAUGUCCAACCAUUUCAUUUCAUUUCCCGCAGCCGGCUUCUUGUAGACUGCUGUGUUCUUCAUAAAGGCAUGUAUAGGUCACAAGCAA